CACAGCCACAGGUCGCCAUGAAGCUCUCCCUCUUUUCCGUCCUGGCCACUGCCCUAACCGUCGAGGGGCAUGCCAUCUUCCAGAAGGUCUCCGUCAACGGAGCGGACCAGGGCUCCCUCACCGGCCUCCGCGCUCCCAACAACAACAACCCCGUGCAGAAUGUCAACAGCCAGGACAUGAUCUGCGGCCAGUCGGGAUCGACGUCGAACACUAUCAUCGAGGUCAAGGCCGGCGAUAGGAUCGGUGCCUGGUAUCAGCAUGUCAUCGGCGGUGCCCAGUUCCCCAACGACCCAGACAACCCGAUUGCCAAGUCGCACAAGGGCCCCGUCAUGGCCUACCUCGCCAAGGUUGACAAUGCCGCAACCGCCAGCAAGACGGGCCUGAAGUGGUUCAAGAUUUGGGAGGAUACCUUUAAUCCCAGCACCAAGACCUGGGGUGUCGACAACCUCAUCAACAACAACGGCUGGGUGUACUUCAACCUCCCGCAGUGCAUCGCCGACGGCAACUACCUCCUCCGCGUCGAGGUCCUCGCUCUGCACUCGGCCUACUCCCAGGGCCAGGCUCAGUUCUACCAGUCCUGCGCCCAGAUCAACGUAUCCGGCGGCGGCUCCUUCACGCCGGCGUCGACUGUCAGCUUCCCGGGUGCCUACAGCGCCAGCGACCCCGGUAUCCUGAUCAACAUCUACGGCGCCACCGGCCAGCCCGACAACAACGGCCAGCCGUACACUGCCCCUGGGCCCGCGCCCAUCUCCUGCUGAUCAUCGGUAGUGGUGCGACGGUCUAGGCCAACCGUUCUAAGUGAUGCUUUGAUUCAACUUAAGAGAGAGGUAAGAGGAAAUAGGGGAAGAAAGAAGGGGAAGGGGGGGUUGUGUUGUCAACCCCGAGGAGGACACACACGUCGUGAUGUCGCAGCGGUGGGAGCCGGUUUUCGGACUCGGCCUGUUAUCCGGCGACAUUCUUUGAUCGCAUCGCACUUCGCAAAUGGUACCAAAGACCGAAUAUAACCUGCAUGCACUU